GUUUAAGACGAUCUAAUCUCAAAUUUGUCGGUCGAAGAGCGAGACUUUGUUGCUUGACGCUUGUUAUCACCAAGCCGCGACGUCUCGAUACCGGCGCGGAUCGUCGGGAUUGAUUCUGGAAGUUUAGAUAUUAUCCCUUCGUACCUUCGCGUCCCGAUAGAAUCAAGAGGUCUUCAUUCAUCCUACCCCACCUCCCCGCAUUCCUUCGCAUCCCCGCACAGAAUCUUCGGGUCUGGCACGUCCUUCACUGAACAACACAAGCACGACAGCUAUACAGUCCAAUUAUAACUAGAUAGAGACUGGUGCCUGCGGAUCAGUGCCAAGCGUGAAGAAGUAGUGAAGUCCCGAGAAGUAGGCGAAAUUCACGGAUAAAUUGGGUUCCGUGCUCAAAAUAUUGGUGAUUUAUAUAUAUGUCUGAACCGAUGUUGCGAAACUCCGCGACAGCCUCAGGUCCACUAGCCCCUCGAACGAGCUCCAGGUAUCGACCCGACCAUGCAGCGUAUUCUUUCUGCCUCCGUGAUCCUUGCGGCGAUGGCCCUGUCGUCGUCUGCACACACCAUCUUCCAGGAGGUGUAUGUCAACGGUGUUGACCAGGGUCACAUCAACGGCAUUCGUGUGCCAAGCUAUGACGGCCCUGUCACGGAUGUCACCUCCAACGGCCUCAUCUGCAACGGUGUCGAGAACCCUUUCCAGCAGCCCGUGUCUGAUGUCAUCAUCACCGUCCCAGCUGGUGCCACGGUCACAGCAGAGUGGCAUCACACCUUGGCUGGUGCAGACCCGAGCGAUUCUGCCGACCCAGUCGACCCCAGUCACAAGGGACCGGUCAUGACCUACCUUGCGCAGGUACCAAAUGCACUCCAGACGGACGUUACCGGCCUCAGCUGGUUCAAGAUCUGGGAGGACGGCCUCGACGUGAACAACCAGACCUGGGGCGUCGACCGCAUGAUCGCGAACAAGGGCAAGGUCACCUUCACGAUCCCCGAGUGCAUCCCCGCAGGCCAGUACCUGAUGCGCCACGAGAUGAUCGCGCUGCACGCAGCCUCGAGCUACCCCGGCGCCCAGUUCUAUAUGGAGUGUGCCCAGCUCCAAAUCACCGGCGGUGGCAGCGCACAGCCCGCGACGGUCAGCUUCCCCGGCGCGUACAGCGGCACGGACCCCGGCAUCAAGAUCAACAUCUACGAGACCCUCAGCAGCUACACGAUCCCGGGUCCGUCGGUGUUCAGCUGCGAUGGCAGCACCGCGCUCCCGCCACCCCCGCCGCAGUCGACCGUGUCGGCUGCGCCGUCGUCGGUGUCGUCGGCCGCGCCCCCGCCGCCGUCGAGUACGUCCACUGCGACGGCUGGGCACUACGCGCAGUGCGGUGGUGUUGGGUACACUGGCCCGACGGCCUGUGCUGCUCCGUACGCGUGCGUUGAGUCUAGCGAAUAUUACAGCCAAUGUCUGUAAGGACAGAACAUACCGGUACCGGGAACCGCGGUUCCUGCGCUCUGCUCUCACGUCAUGCCUUUUGCCAUUAUGUAUAUGCUAUUCAUGCUUCUCACUUCCACCACCUCCGACAGUUUUCCCUUGUUGAUGACUCGCAAAUGCCAUUGCUUGAAUCAAUUCUCUACGCAACAAGGGCAGCUCACUGAUACUGUUCAAUGGUCGACCCGAUGGAGAGCUCCUUUGCCUUCUGAACGACAGCGUGGGCGAUCGCGACGUCCUGCACGCCCACGCCGACCGACUUGAAGAUCGUGACGUCUCCUUUGCGCACCCUUGAAACAGCCGAGGCAUUCCGUGUCCAUUUCCCCCCAGAAAGAGUGAUGAGCUCUCCCAGCUCGACAACAUCGUCAGAUCCCAGACCUGCGGAGAUGAGCUCGCCCGCCUCAGACCCUGCCCCGGCCCGAUAGUCGACGACGACGCGACUCGCGCGCUUGACAAGGUCCGAAUCGAUUUCGUGCCUCGCUGGUGUGUACGAGCCGAUCAGACACAAGCAUGUUCCAGGCGAUACAUAGCUCGAAGGGAAUAAGGGCACCGUAGAAGACGUGGCUGUGAUAACGAUGUCAGCCUCGCGCAGGAUCAGGCGGAUGUCUGGAUUCUCCUGGCCGUUCUCGAGAACAAGCUGGUUCCCGGAGAUUCUGACACGGUCUGCGAAUUUGCGACCUAGCUCCAGCAACAAAUCCUCCAUCCGUUUAUUUAUGGUUCGAUUAAAGAUGUUGCAAGUCUUGAUAGAAGGAAACCGGGAUAGGAAAAGGGAGAGAUGGGCGGCAAUUUGCGCUCCUGCGCCAAAAGCGACCAAGCUCUGUGGAGCUCCCUGGCUCAGCAUGCUGGCCGCAAGAAGAGAGCUUGCUGCGUUGCGAAGAGCAGUGAGCUUGCGAGCGUUCACGACGGCGGAGACCUCGCCCGUGUGUUCGUCGAGCACCAUCGUGCUGGCGGGCAAGCCCCGCUCUUUGACAUUGCUCGGCGCCUGGGCGGUCGGAACGGACACGAUCUUGAUGGCAGUCCCCGCCAAGGGUGCGAGGCGGGAGGGCAUGAAGAGGGUGUGAUGAUUCUGGCUGGAGAUCGUGCUGCGAUGAGGUAUUACAACGUCCGUGCAGUCUGCACUGGCUGCAGAUGAGGCUGAAAGGCUGACGAAGACCCUCGCCAUGAGGUUGAUGAGUUCGUUGACCUCGAACUUUGACACGACUUGGUCGACAUCUGAGCCCGACAAGACGAGGAGGCUCAUCACGUCUAGUACGUCUAUUUAAGGUUAGCGGGGAAGUGCUCGACUUUGCCAGACACACGGAACGCUGCCAAAUCGCGAGUUAUGACGGGAGCCGGAGCGCCAAACGGCAUUCGGUGCGGUAACGUGAUCGGCUGGGUGACGCCCCCGUGAAAGACACGCUGCCGUCUACGACGGUGCUAUCCAAGAGGCCCUCUUCUGCU